CCCCACAGCCUUUAACAGAACAUGUGUUUCAACACAAAGCACUGGACUACAGCACCAGGGAUGGACACAGGAUGCUCAUCCACAAAGAAACUCAAGGUUCUCAUCUUGAUGCUACUCAUCUCUCAUCUGGCCUGUGACGCUCAGGAGGUUGCCAAUUGUUGCAGACAGAAAUCCCACUCCUGCCGCCUUUACGUCCUGCUCUGUCGCUCAGGUAAUGGGACGGGGACAAGGAGACCCCUCACUGAUGACGCAGCCACUGGCAUCCUCACACUCGGUAAACGGAAAGAAACUGAUGAACGUCGUUUCCAGAGCCGGUUAAAUCAGCUACUCCACGGGUCACGGAACCAAGCGGCGGGAAUCUUGACGAUGGGGAAGAGGACUGAAGACACAGCAGAACCGCUCAUGCGCUUGUUUCCCAUUUUAGAGACAGCCCCCACCACCACGGCCCAGUCGGUUUUACAACUGCCAUUCAAAUGAUUCACCUGGAAAACAUCAAUGUUGCCCAUCAUUUUUGAGGGACUGCGUCUUGGGGUAAAAGUUCCUUUAAGAUUUCAUUUCUUUGUGGAGUAGAGUAGGUGUUAGUAAUUCUGUUAGUAAUUUUGUAAAUAUUGUAUAUGAACUCAUGUGUAAUAAAAUGUGAUAAUGGUCACAUGUAGCAUAGUUGUAUUUGCUUCCCUGGUGUCUCUUUGUAUUUUAGGUGAUGGUAAAGUAAAUAUGAAGAAAGUGACUGUCUGAGGGUUGAGUCAUCAAGUUGUGUCUGUAUUAUGGCAUCACAUCACUGGCAAGACAGUCAGACAACCCCAAUAGCCCCAACCAGCCCUAAUCAUCAACCCCUCAAUCAGCCAUGAGCACUGGAUGAUGUCUGGAUAGGUAUGUGUGUUUGUGCACAUGAGUGUGUGAUCCAGAAAAGUACUUUUCCCAGAAAGAAUUUGGUUUCUGUGAAAGCUGGAGGUCUGCUGUAUUUUCCAUCUCUCUUCCAUUCUAACCUGCCCUCCCUCUCCAAACUGACUCCAUGAUUCUUCCUCUUUCAUGACUUUUCUCAUGGGGGCAGCAUGGAGCUGCUUCAAGGCUCAAGCCUGAAUGGAUCUCUGUGUUACUCAGCCCGCAUACUGUAUUCUGAUGUAUAGCCAAAGAUCAAGGUCAAGACCCGAUGUAUUUCUCCAUCAUUGCAUUACAUUCUCUUGCCACAC